AUGCAGCAGGCAUCAGCGAAAGGAAAGCAGGUUACCCCAUAGCAGGCGAGAAGACACUAGCCAGCAGCAGAAAAGCCAUUGUCUGCGCAUGUGUGACGUUUCAGAAGGGCAGGGCGGCCAGGACUAACUCAGGUGACCCCUUUGUCUCGCUCUGGGGUGGUUCGUUCGAGCAGCUGGCGCGUGUGGAUCAGCCGUCGACCAUGGCGCCCCCUCAGGGAGACGAAGGGGAGGAUCUGGAUGAGGACUGUGACGAGCCUCGGCCGACAUCCUCCAAGCCACCCAAAAAGGUGCCCAAAUCGGGCUUCCCCGGUGUCAGGUAUGCGUGCAACAUGGCGAGAAGGGGUGCUGUUGUAUUCUCUGUGUGUGUCGUUUGCGUGACAUGCAGUUGGAAUAGCCGCAUGGCCUCGUGGUUGGCGUUCUGGACGGAGCCGAGCGGCCAACGGAGGUCCAAGACCUUCAACACCAAAGGACAGGGAGUCGAGGUGAGCCAACAAGCCAGGGGAGGUGUACGAUGAUGGCUGAAUGAUGUAACGUGAUUGUUGUCCAGGCUGCCCGCCUUGAGGCUGUUGAGUACCUGAAGCUCAAGAAGUCGCUUCUCGCCGCUGCACCGCGGCGACGAGCCGUGCGGCCGGAGGAGCAGGAGCAGCUAGAAGGGAUCGAGGACGCGGGAGAGCCGCCAGGUGACGAGUACCAACACUUCACCCGGUCCAAGGGCGCCGGCGUCCCCCUCCCCAUCCGCCAGGAGGUGCCUGACAUUGACGCCCUACAGCCGCCCAUCAAGCGCGAGAACAAGAAGAAUAAGCGGCACAAGAAGCGCGAGCAAUUCGACUUCGGCUGCCCAGACGGCGAGGAGGACACGACGCCGUUUGGGUUGCUGGGGGGCGGGGGCGGGGAGAACGAGGGGCGGUCGAGCUCCUCCAGGGGCCAGCCAGUGGACUAUUUCCCCUAUGUGCGGGAGAAAUACGCUUAUGUCUACACAGAGGGGUCCGGCAGGAAGCGGGCAAGGGACGAGCUGGAGGCGGGGGCGACCGACGCGCCCUGCAAGCCGCUACUCGGCGGCACCCUGCUGGACCACCCGCCCAUCUUCUACCCCCCCAUCAUCCAGCCGACAGGCGUGACGAUGGGCACCAGCCUCGGGGGCGGAGGCGGUGGCCAGACCGCCGCGGCACAGUCCCUGGGCGGUUCGCGGCCGGUGGUUGAGGAUUGCGAUGCGCCAGAGGCGAGCAGCGGCGCGUACGGUGCGGCAGAAAUGGAGCCGAGCGUCCUCUUUGAGCAGAUUGUGCGUGGUGUCGUGGGUGGCAUGUAGAGAUGCAGAUAUCUAGAUGGAUGGUGGCGGUAGCUCAGCUGGUGGGCUGGUGAGUGAGUGAGUGAAUGAAUGAAUGGCUGGCCGUGCCGUGAGUGACCUUCAAUUCGAGAGACAGACUGACUGACUG